AUGUCGACGAGAAAACGGAAACGCGCGCAGGUCGUCCAUCAAGAAGAAGAUUUUGAAGAGGAGGCUGAGCAACAGGAAGGAGAUGAAGGGAAGGAGAAUGGAGAGAAGGAGAUUGAUCCUGCGGAAAAGGAGCAGGAGGUUUGGGAUGCCAUUCGGGAGGAACGCUAUGAAAUCGUGGAACAGCUGCCUUUGACUCUGCAUCGACAAUUAUCAUUGAUGAAGCAGCUAGACCAGCAAUCCCAAAGCUAUCUCACGGCUCUGUUGCCGACACUGCGGAGUUACAUCCAACUUCGAAAAUCUAUCGCAGAAAAGGGAGAAGAGCACACAGGCCGAGCAAACGCUUCGACAGUCGACGCCAUGGCGGCGGAUGGAACGCCUUCGACCAGCAAAGACAGCAACGAAACGUUAUUUUCUAUAGGAGAUGCCCAGGGAAUGGCAAUCCCACGAGAACGAGCGCGUGCACCGGAGACGACGCGUGAAUAUCUAUCUCACGUCGCGUGGUUAUCCGAAGAACUGCUUCGAGCGUCGCAGGAAAAGGUCAACUUGGCCCAAGCUACAACGGACUCGGUUGAACGCCAUAUCAGACUGCUCGACGUCGCGAUCCAGGAACAAGAGGCCUCUCUCAUCUCCAGUACUCAGGGCACAAUCUCCCUCCCUGACCUCACCCUUCCAAAACCUACACGGCAGUCCGGCAACGUCUUCGACAAAUACAAUUCUAUCACUUUGCAAACAAGUGGUUUACUGAAUAGCGAGCGGAUUGACGACGAGGGAGGGGAUUCGCCCAUUGAAGAAAUUGGAAUCCCCCGUGACAUCUUGAAAGCCAUGUUCGUCAGCCCAACGAAGAAUGAGGCUGGGGAAGAGCUAUACUGCUAUUGCAACCGUGCAUCGUUUGGAGAAAUGAUCGCUUGUGACGGGCCUCAAUGUGGCUUGGAAUGGUUCCACCUGGGAUGUGUAGGACUGAAAGAACCACCGGAAGGAGAGUGGUUCUGCGAAAAUUGUACUAAAUUCGACAUGUAA